AUGGAACUCUACCGCUGCAUUGUAGCUGAUGAUGCUACUGGUGCCUUCUUAGACCUGUUCAGUGCAGCUUAUGAUCAAGAUUCCCCUGCUAGCUCGUUAAUUGAGGAUAUAGAACGUUCUCACCGCGCUGUAAAAGGCGGUCUCCUCCUCAUAGAUUUCUCAGAACCUCCCUUUCCCCCGGAGAACAACCCUCGUAAGUUGCGAGAUCUCAAGUUGGACUGGCGGGAGGUUCGUAAAGCGUGCUCCGGAUAUGCCACCAGCGCCCCGCUGUCUUUCAUUAAGAAAUUCUACAAUUACCCUGAGAAUUCAUCGCACACGAACAACCAAGCCUUCAUACUAUCCCAGAGGAACCAGAUGGAACCCGGAGGAGCGGACCGUCCUUCCGUUGCUGCCGCUAUUCAGGUGCACAUGAAAUCUCCUUCAACAAGUGCCAAAAACGAGCAGUUGAUGAUGACGGAGCAUGAAAAUGUACCCGAAGCCGUCUACGAUGGCCGUCCCGCAAACCUCAUCGGGCCCAGCAUCACGAUCUACCACCCCAUAUUCUCCGAAUUCAAGCACAAACUGAACCAGCUCCCCGCUGUGGGCGAAAUACCUCCCUCAGACCUCCAGAUGGCGCUUUUGUUUGUCGACACAAGUGCACGAUACUUUAGCGAUGAAGGGGAACGUCAUCGCGCUCUGCGUCCCUUCGUGGUGCACUUCUUGGGCGGCAGCUUCGACGAAACGACCAUCGUAUGCUGGAAAACCACCAUGAGGCUGGACGGUCACAGGAGAGCCAGGUGUGGCCUCCUUUCGUUAGGAAACCAAGGUCGCGAUGCCAUGCUUGUCUGCCUUGAAGAACUGAAUAACGGGAUAGGCCUGGGUAACGUGGACCCCGUAGAACAGGCGGCGAAGGGGUAUGUCCUCAUGAGUACCCAACCAGAGCUAGCUGAGCUCCGAAGGAUCUCGUGUAUGCCCUCGUUCCUCUUGGGAAUAGCCGGUCCAUUCAUCACGGUCUCUGGCGCGAUUUACGUUAACGGGGUCAUCUCUCAGCGGCUCACAGACAUGAUCUGCGUCGUGGCAGAUUCCUCCUCCUCGAUCCCCCCCGAGGGCUUCGUCAGCGAACGCGAAAAGCACAUCUACAAAAUCGCCCACUUGUUCAGGACGCUCCGCUGGUGUCUGGAUAAGCUCAGCGAGGAGUACGAAAAGCUGUCCUCAACAAGAAGCGAUCAUACCGUUGUGCCUGCGCCGCAUUUUACCGCCUUCCGCGCCCUGGACUCGCGCGAUUUUACGCUGACUUACCAAGAACGUUUCUUCGACAGUCGGAGCCAUCGCGCCAUCUUUCUCGCGCAGGCAAAGUCCGACGAUGGAGCGAGUUUGCUGUGUGUCGUCAAGUUCACAUCGCGCUACUGCCGAGAAGCACACGAGCUUGUGCAAGCCGUGGGCGGAGCGCCGAAGCUGCUGUACUGUACGUUCGAGCCGAGCGUCGGGAAAUUCUGCGUCGUCACGGAGUACAUCGAAGAGUCGCGUAAACCGUCGGCAGCUGAUAAGGACAAAGUCGUCGACGCGAUGAAGAACGCGAUGAAAACACUACAUGAUAAUGCGUAUGUCUUUGGCGACUUGCGCAGCGCCAAUAUCAUCAUCGACAGAAGUGGACAUCCGUACCUGAUUGACUUUGACUGGUGUGGGAAGGAAGGCGCCGUUUUUUAUCCGACUGAUCUCAAUACAAACGGCAUCGAAUGGGCGGCCGGCGUUGAAGGGGGAGGGAAAAUCAGAAAAGCGCACGACGAGUGGAUGCUGCAGGCAUACAUUGACGAGCUACAGUCCUUGAUGGACGUAACAUGA